AUGCUUCCAAGGUUCAGGAGUCCUUUCAAGCUGGAGGAUAAAGAGAUCAUCAUCAAUGGGGAGAGCAUAGAAAAUAAGUGCUCAAAAAAUAUUUCAUUAGCUGCUGGGUUGCAAAUCCUUGUACAGAUUUCACAUGGUGAAUCCAAUGUUCUUGUGAAAUCUCAUGCAAUAUCGAAAAGCCAACCAACAUCUGAAGCGCGUGAUCAUGUUCAGACCAAAUCUCUUGAAUAUUCUCGUUUUCUGAAAACAUGUCGGUUAUGCAGCAAGAAAUUAAGCCCUCGUAAAGAUGUAUACAUGUACAGGGGUGACCAAGGGUUUUGCAGUGUAGAGUGCCGCGACAGCGAAGUAGUUUUGGAUGAAAUGAGAGAAGUAGAAACUUCUACCAAGCAAAUGCUAUCACCUUAUCAUGGGCAUCGUUGCAACAGUGGCCGGCGUGAGACUCAAAUCCUCCUGCAGGAAUUCCGUCAGCGACAUGAGCGAGCGUAGGCCGCGGAUCCGUUGUCAAGCAAAUUGGGCAGUAGUUUCAUAGCCUCAUUGCUGAUACGUACACUCUUUUUUACUAUUGUUUUCAGGUGCAGAUCGGAAGCAAUGCACUGGAUGUGUUGUGGAGUGCAGUGGGAAUUUCUGAAAGAAUAUCUAUUGUAAAUAUUUUUGCUAUAUUUGGUGUAUAAAUUAUAAAGCAAGUAGAAAGAUUUUCACCCCAAAAAGAAAAAGAGAGAGAAAA